AUGAGUUUUAAAAAAGUAGAAGAAAUUAUUACAGAACAAAGUAGUAAUGAAUAUUUAAGUCACCAUGAUACUAAUUUGUAUCCUACUCUUCAUGUAGCAAUAAGUCCAAACGGUCAGCAAGUCGCCACUUUUAACACAGUUACGCUUGAGUUAAAUAUGGGCAAAGUUAAUUCGUUAUCUGAAAUAAGUCCAAUAAAGUGUGAUGCACUUCAUGAUAUUGACACAUCCGCUAGAUUAGUAUGGUCACUAGCAAUUUCCAAUCCAAUUGAUCAAGUAGAUAAUGGAGAUGUGCAUGCUGAAACAUUAAUAGCUCUUAGCUGUUUCGAUGAAAAAGAUAUGAUGUUAGGAAAAUCAUUAUCGCCAACUGCUUCUUUAACGUAUCAACAUCAAUUAGGAACAUCAAGUGGAAAAGAUGGGGAAAUAGAGUUUCACCAUUCAUCAUAUGAAGUUAAUGAUGAAGAAAAGGCAAGGGAAUUGAUUAAAUCAAUGAGUGCAGCUACAUGGGUUAUUUCAACAUGGCGUGAAGUUAGGAUAUCGACGGAAGUUGAUGAAUUUGGUGGAUUAGUUAGAUUUUUAGAUGAUGAUCCAUUGGACCCACAUACGGCCACAAUACUUGUCUUAAAUGUUAAUGGAAUAGCCAAAACGUCAUUCAAUAUGGAUAACAUUACCAUAAAAAAACCUCCAACAUACGAUGAUUAUUCUUCAUGGUGGGAAAAAUUACCAAUUUUUCUUCAACCUGCUCCAAGACAAGAAUUAAUUUUUCCAUUAAAGGUUCAAGCUGAACUUAAAAAACUCUAUCAAAACACUCCAUGUUUAGAAUUAUUAAGUAGGAGUAUAGAAAACGAUUAUUUCAUAAUUGAAGAUUAUAAAGAUAGAAUGCAGGUGGUGGAAAUGUAUAACAUGAGAACUAAUCAAUUAGAAAUGGUAUUUCAUCAAAGAGCAGAAUCUGUGGCAACUUCAUUUGGUCAUGGUAGUCCCGCUGUAGCCAUUUCAAGACAUAAAACAUUAUUAGCUUACUGUCGUGGUGCUAAUUCAAUUACUAUUUAUUUAAUGGAAAAUUCAUUGGAAAUUUCUACACAAUGUUUUCCUCAUAUUGAGAGAAUCCUUUUAUUGGAUUUUAUAAAUGAGGAUGAAUCACUAUUAAUUAUUGCACAAGAAAAAGAAAAUUCCCCCCCUUUGAUAAUUAUUUGGGAUUUAUUUAGUUAUAUGGAUAAUGCUAUUAGGGUAUUACGAGAUACUAAAAAAUUAUUUCCAUUUCAACAAUAUAGAUUAGUAAGAAAUUGUGGAACUAUUUUAUUAAUUGAUAAUUCGGAUGGAAGUGUUAUACCUAUAUUAAAUGAUCCUUUUAUCAAAAAUAUACUUGUUCCGUCUUUUAUAUCGAAGAGAGAAUUGAUAGAACUUCGUUUACAAUAUCUUCAUGAUUCUGAGUGGGAUCAAGCUGUUUGUCAUACUAUUUUUAAUCAAAAUGGAGAAUAUUUUGAUGCUGACUCCGAAUUAGAAAAAAGUUCUAUUAUAGUAAACGAUAUGGAACCUUGGGUACAUAAUAAAGACUAUGGUCGUAUCUCUGCUUUUCUGGAUGAUGAAAAAACAACUCAAUUAUUCAUCGGGGAAACGACCUUACAAGUAUGGUAUAGAAAAAAUAAGAGGUCAAAGAAAAGACUUAAAUAUAUUUGGGUUAUUCCAACGAAAGGUAUAUUAAUAAUUAAAUCAUUGGAAAUAGGAAAACGUGAAUUUAAAGUUACUCUGUCUUCACAGUCAACUCAAUCUUAUCGGGAGAAUAAUGUAGUUAUCCACUGGCCAUUUAAAAGAAAUACUGUUGACGAUGCUUGUUCUGCUCUCCGUUAUUUAUAUGAGAAGAGAGAUGAUCCUGCCGGUCCAAAGAAACAGCAGCAUUAUGAAAAUUUGGUUCAUAAAAUCGAAACAUCGAUUAGAAAAUUUAUUUUGAAACGCCCUGUCAUAUGGAGGUUAAUCGAUGUUAGAUAUAAUGUGAUGGCUAGUCUUGUAUAUGGUCGUCGUAUAAACCUAGUGCAGCAAAUCCUAAAUACGAAAGAUUCAGAUUUUUCAAUGCGUUAUCUUCAUACUCCACGUCUUUACGAAUGGCCAAAAAAACCAAAAAAAAGUGAUUUGGAAAUUGCGAUAAAAUGUAGUGAAGGAAGACAGAGAGAUGUCGUGAUGAUUG